UCCUACUUUACUUAAUUCUCUUAACUCUUAACAAUAGAAGCUAAAAGAGAGAGAGAGAUAUCUAUACACAGAGACGAAGAAGAGAGUAAUCGAUAUUUGAGAGGGUGUGAGAGGUUCAAUCAUUUAUUUUCCUAUUUUGUUCCUUUUUUUGGUUAAUUAUUAUUGUAAUAUAUAUGUUAAUAUUGUCUUCACGAUAUGCAAUGAAACGAGAUGUUGUAAUCAUUGUAAUCUUUACAAUAUUAGUUUUAAUUAUUUUCUCGCGUUCAAGUUCGAUUCAAGCUGGAAGAUUUAGCGGUACAGGAAGAAAGGAUAGUUUUUUGAGCGUUGCUCGAUCACAACAAUAUUACAAGAAUCAUCACGAGUUUGUUGUGAUCACGGGGAUGUCAAAUUUUAAUAAGUUCAGACGAAGAUCGUCUAAAGUUCGGAGAAAGAUUGAUGGCGGCGACGAGAAAGAUCAAGAAGAGAAGCGAUCUAUCCCCACGGGUCCGAAUCCUUUGCACAACAAGUAGAGUAACGAGAGAGGCAACAUACUUCUUCGAACUUCGUAAAUUGUUCGUUUGGUGUAUAUACGUAUAACUAUACGUACUAUGUUAGGUUUUUUUCUUCAAGAUUAGUAUACUUAGUUAAAGAAACAGCCUUUCUCUGCGAUAUUACCAGUUAAUUUUAAAUAUUAUUUAUAUAUUACCUACCAGUUUUUCAUCCUUCGUAGUUUAGUACAAUAGGUUGGGUUGGAAUAAACUGGGGUAAAAUAUUGUUACUUUUUUUUGUUGUAAAAUAUUGUUAUUGUUAUGACUAGAACCAAAGUAAUAUAUAUAUAUAUAGUAUGUAUUGUUUACGUAAUAGUAAUACAGUGUUUUUUUGUUUAUAAAUAAUUAAAUAUAGUAUGUUUAAAAAUAUAUGUAUAUACAGUGUGUUAAGUAAUGAACCUUAAGGAAUUUUUUUGCUGUAAAAUAUAAAGAUUAGCUGUGAUUAACUAAACGGUAACUGUUAAUUCAGCUUUUUUUGGGUUUAUAUAAAAAAAAAAAACUUUAGAACUUUCGUGUUAAUUGGAUUUCAGAAAAUAUCAGUGUCAAAAGAAAGAAAGUGAAAUUGCAUUUAUUUUUGCUGCUGAUAGGUGGUGGGUAGCCUGGUAGGCGUACCAUUAUUGUAUACUAGGUGCUUCCCCACGCAACGUGUGGAUUGUGGUGUAGUUGGCACUUUCUUGUUUUUUUGGUCUAUUUCUUUUUCUCUUUUGUAUUAUUUCGUUUUAAUUAGGCAUAUAUGGGCUUCGCAGUCACUUGUAUUAAUACACUAUAUGUUUAUAUCAUUUCGUUUAGAUGUGUACAAU